AAAGCAAUCAGCAGCGUAACAUUUUUAUUCGGUAAAGCCAUGAUUAGCCUUGUUUGAAUCGAUUUGAACGUCAGUUUACGUGGCUAUGAAGGGUGGUUACCAAGAUUUUCCAGAGGCAAGUCUUACCAGUGGCUGAAGUUACCGUUUUUGAUCGAGUCUUCCUGUUCAUCUGAUAAUGUUUUCUUUGAAGACUAUGAUGGCCUCGAAGGCUACCAAGCAGACUUCAACUGCAGCAUCCAAGAUAAAAAAUAAGCUUCUCAAUACCUCGUCCUUCUUCAAGGUCUCUUUGAAGACCAACAACAAAGCCUUAGCUCUGGCCUUGCAAGCCCAGAAGAAGAGAAGCAGCCAGCUGGAGAUGGAGGUCAUGCACCUGCAGAAACAAGUGGACGCUCUCUGCUUUGAAUUAGCCACCAAGAAAUACAAGCACAGAAAACUGCUCCUUAUCUUGAACACCUUCCGUAGUAAUACUUUGCAGCACCUGGACAUGGUGGCAGACCUGUUCUCUGACAGCGAUUGUCAGAGCCUUUCAGGAGAUUCCCGGAUCUCGUCUGGUGACAUCAGAAGGGAAAAUCUUGCAGCUGGAAGUCAGUUGCCGCUGCAGACAGGUGUUUCAAGGAAUUUGUGGUGUACCAGCAAAAACACAACAUCUGCCCUGCUUGAAAAAAACAUCAACGAGGAUUUCUCCACUUUUCCGGAUACACGUGAAAAGUCGACUGAUGUUUGCAACGAUAACACAGAAGCUGAAAAAAGGCUGUCCACCCAGUGCGCACAGACUGCCCAUAUAGAAGCGUCUGGCAUGGCCAAUACUGCGAGGGAAGAUGUGGAGAAUCCCUCUCAGUCCCAGGCUGAUAUUCAUUCCGUCGUCUCUGUUCAGAACAGUCAGACUUGUGAAAAAUCCACACCAUCCCUUUCUGGAGAUCAGAAUCUUCCCAGUGUCUCCACCAUGGAAGGUGAAACACAGCUUGGCAAAAAUCAAGAGAAAACUGUUUUGCUCAAUGCUACCAUGGAGAUGACCUUAAGUGAAGCCACUGAGAUAGUCACUGUGGAAACCAAAGCGAAAAAAAAAGUCAGCUCUGGCAGAAAGGACAAGGAGCAAAGCUGCGGCUCAAGUAUAGAAGUGCAGAAGUCUGCAUCUUUGUUACAAGCACAUAAAAAGCCGCUGAAGGAUCAAAGUACUGCCACUGUCACUCGCAUUCCUAAACUGGGCAAGCAUCAGAAAGUAUCAAAGGAUAAAGUCAAAUCUUCUGACCGCACUAACAUCACAAAUGUAGACCAAAUGGAUGUGGAAGAUUACUUCUCUGAUCCUAAAAUUAGGUUUUCAAGCACCAGCAGAAGUGUGGCUGAAGAAGCAAGUUCCAAAAUAACAUGCAGGAAGUCCAGAGCUAAAGGAAAGAGGGCCUCUUCAGUAACCAGGAAAAGUUUAUUCACUGUGCCGUCUGAUGAAAGUGAGAGCAGCCAAUCCCACCAGGAGAAAGUCCAAAAACCUGAAGUGGGAGACGAAAGCUUACAGUCUCAAGUCUCUGAGGACGCUCUGCUUUGUGCACAACCAGAGUCAGAGCAUGUGGAGCGUCUGUCCUUUAGCAAAACUAAUACUGUGAAUAAUUUUAGGGGAGGUCACAAAUCAAGAUGCAGGGAAACAUUUGUUAUCUCAAUAACCAGCGACAGUGACUCACCAGAGCAUGAUGUGGCGCCUCCUACAGGAUCCAGCUUUCAGGCAGAAGAAGCAGUCAUGAAGAAAAGCGUUGUUGGACGUUUAGAAUCAAGCAAUCGUUCAAAGACUCGGCGCUCUGGGAAGCGAUCCUGGGUGGCCACUCAGGACUCUGGGAACUGUCAAAAAGACUCGAGUAGCGGUGACAGUGGUGAAGCACUGCCACUGGACUGGCAGGCGGCUUUAGGAUCACAGUUUCAAAAACCUAAAAAAUCCAGGAGAGACAAAACAGGGCAGCCCUGCACGAACAAAGUGGUGCAGCGAGAAGAGGGUGAUGACUUGUUAGAUGACAAGACGAAGAAAAAAGACAACAAAGACUUAAGAUCUGAGAGUGAAACAUGUUAUUCUCCUGACCCUAGAGACGCCUCCGCUCUCUGCCUUGAUUCUGAAAUCGCUAAAGAUCAAUUACAUGAUUUACAAAUGCUCGACUCACAUUCUGUCAUCAGCGAAAAGCAUGAAAUCUUUGAACAUCUGAAUGAUUCGCAGUCCAGGAGGGAUUCGAGUCCCACAUCAUCUAGAAAUGUAUUCAUGCUGAACACAGCCACGGAAACCAGAUAUCCCAGGAAGACUUUUGUUGUCUACAGACGAAAAACUAAGAACAGAAGUGGAUGUAGUUCUGAAAACACCACCAGGAUGUCGAAUGCAUCGGACACCUGCAGUCACACGGUGGACACCAGCGACCAGGCAGUUCAUCAGAAUGUGGGCAACCUGCUGAUGGAUGAGCUGCCGCCGUGGCUGGACGUGGAUAACAGCACAGCUCACAUCAGUGUGGACUCUCUACCCGCCACUCCAAGCAGGGAAACACCAGGCAGGCUCGCGACAAUAGGAACGGCUGAAGCCUCUCCAGCACUGCAUGGAGCAUGCUAUGAUGCUGUGCUUAGCAGUACCUCAGGAAGAAGCAGAGUCUUAUCGACAGUAACCAACACUUUGACAACACCAGACUGUGAAAAUGGAGAGAGAAGCAGGAGACGGAGACCUGGGAAGGGUGCCGUGAGUUACAAGGAGCCGCCUCUCAACAGCAAAAUAAGGCGUGGAGAUAAAUUCACUGACACCACAUUCCUGAGUUCUCCUGUGUUUAAGGAUGGCCGGAAGAAGAAGAAGAAGAAGGCGAAGAUGACUGUCGACUGAUAAUUUGCCUUUUUUCCAUUUUACUGUUUUUAAAAAUGAUUUUAAGCUGUUUUCUUAUUAAAAUUGUUUGCUAAAAUCAUUUUUCUACAGAUUCGACCAGAAAGUAUU